CAAAGCACAUGGGUUGUGCCCAUCACCGUGGCAUCNCGAAUGGGGCUGAACACCACAGACAGCCUGGAGCUGCUCUCUGUCCCUGAUCAGUCCAUCGCCCAGGAGGUGGUGGGCCUCCUCUGCAUGGUCCUCCUCACCCUCACCGCCCUGGUGGCCAACACCGUGGUGAUGCUCGUCAUUCUCAAAACCCCCCUUCUCAGGAAGUUCAUCUUUGUCUGUCACCUCUGUGCGGUCAAUCUCCUCUCUGCCAUUUUCCUGAUGCCCCUGGGGAUCAUUUCCAGCUCCUCGUGCUUCAACAGGGUGAUCUACAGCAUUGCCGAGUGCCAGGGCUUGAUAUUCCUGAAUAUCUGCUUUAUCAGUGCUUCCAUCCUCACCAUCUCCAUCAUCAGCGUGGAGCGGUACUACUACAUCGUCCACCCCCUGAGAUAUGAGGUCAAGAUGACCAUCAGGCUGGCAGUGGCCGGAGUCAUCUUCAUUUGGGUCAAGUCUGUUCUCAUCACGGUCUUGGCACUGGUGGGCUGGCCUCAAGGCAACGGGGCCACCAGCGCCAGCCGCUGCACAGUCUACUGGAGCCCUGGGGCCCACAAGAAGGUUUUCGUGAUUAUCUUCAGCAUCGCCUGCUUUGUGCUGCCCACCAUCAUCAUUUUUGCUGUCUACUGCAGUGUGUACCGUGUGGCCCGCAUGGCGUCCCUGCAGCACGCCCCUGUGCCAGCACAGGCCCCUGCCCCCAGACACCGAUCCAACUCCAUUGCCAGCCAGGUGACCAUCAUCACCACCAGGAACCUGCCGCUGCCCAGGCUGACACCAGAGCGCUUUUUGGGAAGCAACAAGGCCAUCCUCACCUUGGUCCUCAUUGUGGGACAGUUCCUGUGCUGCUGGCUGCCCUUCUUCGCUUUCCACUUGCACUCCUCUGUCACCACUGUGGCCCGGCUCCGGCGCAGCUGUCUCAACCGUCCACUGGGCCAGGAGCUCUGUCUUUCCGUCUCGGAGGCCUCUGUCCAGGAAAACUUCUUGCAGUUCCUCCAGAGAGCGACCUGCACUCUGGAGACCCACGCCAGCUGCAUCAGCCCCAGCCCCAGGAACAGGCUGGAUCAGACCAAGAUGGGCUUCCCCAUCCCAGGUCAAGUUCCUGAAGAGAGCAGCUGA